UUAUUUUUCAGCAUACUUAACGACCGAUUUUUAGAACGCGACACAAACUUUAGUAUUCUCAACAAUUGAGGAAACUUUUAAUUACAUCAUUGUGCAAUGAAUUUAAAUUUUGUUAUUCAUUUCAAACAACAAUAUUUAUAUUAUCAAAUUAAAAACAUAGGAUCGAGUUUUCAAUAUUGACGACAAUAAUUUAUUUCUUCGAACGAUUUUCAACGGACGAAAUGGUGCCGACGAUGCCGCCUGAUUCGCAUAAAAUUUCAUUGAAGAUUAUUGAAGCGAUAAAACAACAUCCAGUUUUAUAUAGUGCUGAAGUAAAAGGUUCUUCUAUUAAGCUUCAAGAAUUUCGACAGAAGGUUUGGAAAAGGAUUUCGGAUGAACUUGGUCUUGAUCCUACAUGGGUGAGAUUAAGAUGGAAAAAUUUAAGAGAUACUUACUGUCGUAUACUUAAAUAUAAAAACAAAACAGAAAAAGGAGUUCGUAGGAAAAAAUGGAUUUUUGAAGAUCAUCUUAGUUUUCUGAAGUUUCCGUAUGAAUCAGAUUAUCAACCUCAAAGUAUAGAAUUAACUGAAGAUUACAUUCAGGAUAUAAAUGCAGGUGGUAUAAGCUCUGAAGGUCUUUUAGAACAAUUAGAAGAUCGAAAUGAUGAAGAUUAUAGUGAAUAUUUGGAGGUUCUAGAAGAAACAACUGCAGAUCCAAUUUUAGAUCGUGAUUCUAUAGAAUUAAAUGAUCAUAGCAAUAAUGCAGUAAAAAAUGUGGAAGUAGAAAAUACAAUGCAACAUGAUAUUGAUUCAUACGCUCAACAAAUUCAAUCAAAAUAUAGAAAAAUAAGACCAAAGAAAAUGAAAAUCGAAUCACUGGAUGUGCCUGCAACUUACAGUAUUUUAAAAACUUCACCUUUUAAAAAUAAGACAGUUGAUACAUCAAUUUUUGUUACUGCACCAACUGCAAAUAAUUCUACAAAAAAUUCUUCUAAAAUAGAAGAUACACAGAACAAUUAUGAUCAAGUUUAUUUAGCUCCUGAAGGAAAAAGUAGUAUAGAACUUUUUUUUGAUAGUAUGGCACAAACUGUUAAACGACUCCCUCCAAAAGCUCAAGCAGAUAUUAAAAUGAAUAUUUGUAAAAUUGUAACAGAAGCAGAAUUAAGGUAUUCUGGACGUAAUACACCUCAGAGUACUCAACAAUUUAUAGCUCCACCUGGAAUGAUUCCUAAAUUAGUUCUCAUUCCAUGUAAUAUGAUUGAUGGACAAAAUAACAAAGGUUAAUUUUUUAUGACAAUGAUUUCUACCUGAUGAAAGAAUUAUUGUGAUUUAUUGUAAUAUAAAAUUCGUUUAUCUUAUUAUAAAAAACUACUAUAAAAAGUGAAAAAUAUUAAGCUAAAGAAAUAGUUCAAAUAAAAAUGAUUUUUCUAUUUAAUGUUGUGUUUCAUCUUUUUAUAAUAAACUGAAAAAAGAAUGUAUAUAAAUAAUAUCGUUAUAUUUUAAGCUGUUGUUAUAUAAAUAUAGUUAUUUUAAUAUAA